CGGGUGGAGAAGCCGGACAGACGCAUCGGCGCUGUUAUUGUUUCUGAAUGAAAAUUUUAACUAAUGUGGAAAGAGCCGCGGGUUGUACAUGGACUUAAUUUAAAUGUCAUCAUUGUUUGUUUUUUUAUACGCAAUUCAUAUGGUAUGAAUUUAUUUAAGUAAGCAUUUGUACAGUAUUUAUAUCGGCAAGUUGCAGCUCAGCUUGGAGGUUCAGGCCUUGUGCCACCGCUCGUCGAUUUUAACAAUAGCCGGGAUACACUCCCCUUUACACGGGCAAACUGUCUUCAUGUAAUUCUCUCAGUGUCAGAAAUUCAUGCUCAGUUCAUAAAACUACCACACUGAGUAUGGUGUACAUGGGGCCGCACUUUUGAUGUGUUGUAUGAAUUUAUGGACAAUUUUCACAAAGACCUUGGAGUAUUUUUAAACCCAUCAUUUUGAGAAACACAAAAGGAAUAUGUCCAACGGAGCUGCAGGAAGCGGUGGUUUGACUUGGGUGACGCUGUUUGACAAGAACAAUGCGAGCAAGAAGGAAGAGGCCAACGGGCACGGCGACGGACCCCGGGAGGGCGGCAAGAAGGACGCCGGCGAGAAGGGCGGGAAGAAGGAGGCGGGAGAAAAGGGCGGGAAGAAGGACGCUGGAGAAAAGGGCGGCAAGAAGGACGCGUCCAAGAAGAUGUCUGUGGAGCGCGUGUACCAGAAGAAGACCCAGCUGGAGCACAUCCUGCUCCGUCCAGACACCUACAUCGGAUCCGUGGAACCUGUCACACAGCAAAUGUGGGUUUUUGAUGAGGAGGUCGGCAUGAACACGCGAGAGAUCACUUACGUUCCAGGAUUAUACAAGAUCUUUGACGAGAUUCUGGUGAACGCAGCAGACAAUAAGCAACGAGACAAGAACAUGUCCACCAUCAAAAUCAACAUUGACCCGGAGUCGAACGUGGUGUCGGUGUGGAAUAACGGGAAGGGCAUCCCGGUGGUGGAGCACAAGGAGGAGAAGAUGUACGUUCCCGCCCUCAUCUUCGGACACCUCCUCACCUCCAGUAACUAUGACGACGACGAGAAGAAGGUCACAGGUGGCAGGAACGGUUAUGGUGCCAAACUCUGCAACAUCUUCAGCACCAAGUUCACCGUGGAAACGGCCUGCAAAGAGUACAAGCACAGCUUCAAACAGACCUGGCAGAACAACAUGACGAAGACCAGCGACCCCAAGAUCAAGUUCUUCGACGGGGACGACUUCACGUGCGUGACGUUCCAGCCCGACCUGUCCAAGUUCAAGAUGGAGAAGCUGGACAAGGACAUCGUGGCACUGCUCACGCGCCGCGCCUACGACAUCGCCGGCUCCUGCAAGGGCGUCAAGGUCAUGCUCAACGGCAAGAAGCUCCCGGUGACCGGGUUCCGUAGCUACGUGGACCUGUACGUGAAGGACAAGCUGGACGAGACCGGCGUGGCGCUGAAGGUGGUCAACGAGGCCGCUAACGAGCGCUGGGAGGUGUGUCUCACGCUCAGCGAGAAGGGCUUCCAGCAGAUCAGCUUCGUCAACAGCAUCGCCACCACCAAGGGCGGCAGACAUGUCGACUAUGUCGUGGACCAGAUUGUAUCAAAGCUCAUUGAAGUGGUCAAGAAGAAGAAUAAGGCGGGUGUCAACGUCAAGCCCUUCCAGGUGAAGAACCACAUCUGGGUGUUUGUGAACGCGCUGAUCGAGAACCCGACGUUCGACUCCCAGACCAAGGAGAACAUGACGCUGCAGACCAAGAGCUUCGGCUCCAAGUGCCAGCUGUCCGAGAAGUUCAUCCGCUCGGCUACCAACUGUGGCAUUGUGGAGAGCAUCCUGAACUGGGUGAAGUUCAAGGCUCAGACGCAGCUGAAUAAGAAGUGCUCGUCGGUCAAGUACAGCAAGAUCAAAGGCAUCCCCAAACUGGACGACGCCAACGACGCAGGGGGGAAGCACUCGUCGGAGUGCACCCUGAUCCUGACGGAGGGGGACUCGGCUAAGACGCUGGCCGUGGCUGGGCUCGGGGUGAUCGGGCGCGACCGCUACGGAGUCUUCCCCCUCAGGGGCAAGAUCCUCAACGUGCGCGAGGCCACACACAAGCAGAUCAUGGAGAACGCGGAGAUCAACAACAUCAUCAAGAUCGUGGGUCUGCAGUACAAGAAGAGCUACGAGGACCCGGAGUCCCUGCGCUCCCUCCGCUACGGCAAGAUCAUGAUCAUGACCGACCAGGAUCAAGACGGUUCUCACAUCAAAGGUCUUCUCAUCAACUUCUUCCACCAUAACUGGCCUUCCCUGCUCAAACACACCUUCCUGGAGGAGUUCAUCACACCCAUUGUCAAGGCGACCAAGAACAAGCAGGAAGUGUCCUUUUACAGCAUUCCAGAGUUCGAUGAGUGGAAGAAGCAGACGGAGAACUAUAAAACAUGGCACAUAAAGUAUUACAAAGGUUUGGGAACCAGCACUGGCAAGGAGGCGAAGGAGUACUUUGCGGACAUGGAGAGACAUCGGAUCAUGUUCCGCUACGCCGGCACAGAGGACGACGCCGCCAUCACACUGGCCUUCAGUAAGAAGAAGACGGACGACAGGAAGGAGUGGCUGACCAACUUCAUGGAGGACAGGCGGCAGAGAAGGAUGCACGGCCUGCCCGAGCAAUAUCUGUAUGGACAACAAACCAAGUACUUGUCCUACAACGACUUCAUCAACAAAGAGCUCAUUCUCUUCUCCAACUCUGAUAACGAGCGCUCCAUCCCCUCUCUGGUUGAUGGGCUGAAGCCGGGCCAGAGGAAGGUGCUGUUCACCUGCGUCAAGAGGAACGACAAGCGAGAGGUCAAAGUGGCGCAGCUGGCCGGGUCCGUCGCCGAGAUGUCGGCCUACCAUCACGGCGAGCAAGCGCUGAUGAUGACGAUCGUGAACUUGGCGCAGAACUUCGUGGGCAGCAACAACAUCAACAUCCUGCAGCCGCUCGGCCAGUUCGGCACACGCAUCAACGGAGGCAAAGACGCCGCCAGCCCUCGAUACAUCUUCACCAUGCUCAGCCCUCUGGCCAAGCUGCUGUUCCCAGCGGUGGACGCCAGCCUGCUGAAGUUCCUGUUUGACGACAACCAGAAGGUGGAGCCGGAGUGGUACAUGCCCAUCCUGCCGCUGGUGCUGGUGAACGGCGCCGAGGGCAUCGGGACGGGCUGGGCCUGCCGCAUCGCCAACCACGACCCGCGCGAGAUCGUCAACAACAUCUACCGCCUGCUCAACGGGCAGGACCCCCUGCCCAUGCUGCCCAAGUAUAAGAACUUUAAGGGGGUUAUCCAUGAGCUGGGUCAGAACCAGUACCUGGUGAGCGGUGAGGUGUCCGUUCUGGACAAGAACACCAUCGAGAUCACAGAGCUGCCCGUCAGAACCUGGACACAGGCCUAUAAGGAGUCUGUGCUGGAGCCCAUGCUGCAGGGCACUGAGAAGACCCCGGCGCUGAUCUCCGACUACAAGGAGUACCACACCGACACCACCGUCAAGUUCCUGGUGCGCAUGUCCGAGGACAAGCUGGCGCAGGCAGAGGCCGCCGGCCUGCACAAGGUCUUCAAGCUGCAGUCCUCACUCACCUGCAACUCCAUGGUGCUGUUCGACCACAUGGGCUGCCUGAAGCGCUACGAGUCCGUGCAGGACAUCCUGAAGGAGUUCUUCGAGCUCCGCCUCCACUACUACAAGCUGCGCAAGGAUUGGCUGAUGGGCAGCCUGGGGGCGGAGGCUUCCAAACUGUCCAAUCAGGCGCGGUUCGUCCUGGAGAAGAUCGAAGGGAAGAUCUCUAUUGAGAACAAGUCCAAGAGGGAGCUGAUCCGCCUGCUGGUGCAGAGAGGCUACGAGUCCGACCCUGUAGCCGCCUGGAACAGAGCCCAGGAGAAGGCUCUGGAGGAGGAUGACGACGGUAACGAGAGCGACGGCUCGGUGGACUCGGGCUCGUCCUCGGGGCCCAACUUCAACUACAUCCUCAACAUGCCGCUCUGGUGCCUCAGCAAGGAGCGCGUGGACGAGCUGCUCAAGCAGCGCGACACCAAGAAAGUGGAGCUGAAUGAGCUGCAGAGGAAGUCGAAGGAGGACUUGUGGAAGGAGGACCUGGCCGUGUUCAUCGAGGAGCUCGACCGGGUGGAGGAGCAGGAGAAGGAGGCCGUGGUGCUGGGCAAGGCUGCUAAGAUGGUGAAGGGGAAGGUGGGGAAGCCGAAGGCGCGGAAGAUGGAGCUCGAGGAGACUCUUCCGUCGCCGUACGGUCGCCGCGUCGAGCCGCCCGUCUCCCUCUCCGUCAAGGCCGACGCCGCCAAGAAGGCCGGCAAGAAGAAGAAGGGUGAACUGGACGUGAAGCUGGAGCUGGACGAGGAUGGUGAGGUCACGGGAGAGAACUCUCUCAUCUCCCCGUCAGGCCUCGGAACCCCCAAACCCAAAGCGCCCCGCGUCAAGAAGGAGAAGAAGGAACCCAGUGCCCCACGGGAGAAGAAGACUCCAACUCCCAGAGGGUCGUCGGGCAAGAAGGUGAAGAAGAGGAACCCCUGGUCAGACGACGACUCCAAGUCCGACAGCGACCUGGACGACAGCGAGCCCGUCAUCCCCCGGGAAACCAAGUCCCAGAGAGCCUCAGGUAGGGCGGUGAAGGCCAAGUACACGUUCGACUUCUCGGAGGAAGAGGACCGCGGCGACGACGGAGACGACGACCAAGACGAGGACGGCCCCUCAUCGCCGGUGCGUUCCUAUGGCGACAGCUUCAGCACGUCCCAGAGCAAGGAGCCGUACAACAACAACAACACCAACGAGGAAGACAACGACAACGAGGACGAGGACGACAUCUUCCCUCCAAAGCAGUCCUUCACACCGUCGACUCCAGCAGCUAAAAAGAAGGAACCCGCAAAAACAUCCAAAUCUGCCUUCUCUGACACAGUCAGACUGAGCAGUGAUAGUGAUGGCGGGAAGUCGGACAGUGACGACGGCAACGAUCCCUCGGCCUUCUCGUCCUUCUCCAGCAGUUCAGCGUUCGACAAACCAGCCCCUGCCAAAAAAGCGAAGAAGCCGACGGACUCGACGCCCAAACCCAGGAAGCCUCCGGCCAAACCCAAACCCACACCAGACACCUCGCUCUGGGAAUCCGACUCAGACACAGGGGCCAAGAAAUCAACACCAGCACUCAAAGGUAAGAGCCGGGGGAAGAAGCGGAAGCAGUCGGACUCAGAGGGUGAAGACUACAGCCCCAUGAAGAAGGCGGGAAAAGCCCCUACGCCCAGUAGGGUAAAGAAGAAGAAGCCCCCUUCAGACGAUGAGGACGACUCUUUCAGUCGGUCGGAUCCGUCACGCGAUCGCCCCGGACGCUCCAGGAAGGAAGUGCGGUACUUCGCCGAGUCCGACGACGGUGAAGAAGACGACAUGUUUGACUAGGCGCUAACCGCACUGGCCCCCUCACACACACACACACACACACACACACACACACACACACACACACACACACACACACACACACACACACACACACACACACACAACCAGACACUCCAACAUGGACACUCCGUCUCUCAUUCAAAAAAAAUAUGUACACACAAACACACACUCGAUUGUGGAAUAACUCCUAUCCUUCGUCCAGCAGACUUUUGUACAUUUGAUUUCCAGCCCUCCUGGGUUUUAUUUUGACUUUAAUUGUGAUGUUCAAUGCUUUCUACUGUGUAGGUGUUUUACAGUUUUGAUUAUUAUUAUUAUUAUUAUUAUUAUUAUUAUUAUUAUACAUUACAGGACUUGUUUUUUUAUCAUUGAAAUGUAUUUGUCCUGAGCGGCUUUUAGAACUGUAGAUGCGGUGCUCUUGCACAUUUUAAUUGUUAAAAAGUAAAAACAAAAAAAGAACAAAAUGUACCUUUUUGAGAUGAAACUUGGAAAAAUAAACAUUAAUGAAAUGUAAAUGA